ACGUCCGCGGCCAUCCUCAUCGCCAUCCAUCAGCAAGCAAGCAGGAGGAAGGUGCAAAAUCGGUGGCACAUUUUCACGGAAAAUCGGUACAAAGUUCGCCGGAAACGCGUCGCAAAUAUUCGCGUUCUAUUCCCGGCAAGCCGUGGAAAGGUUUUCCGCAAGGAAGGAUUCGAUUCCGGUGCGCGAGUGAGUGAAAUUCGGAAAGAAUAUUUUCCCUUCUGACGGGAGAAAGAAGCAAACGGAGGAAAGUGUGUCUCUUUUUCGGGAGAGUGCGCUUGUGUGUGUGAGCGUCGUCAUCGUCGGAACAAAAAUAGGCAGUUUUCGUUCCGGGGCGCUUUUCGGGGACCCGCAAAUGAUUGCCGCCUGGUCCACCUUCGUCGCUUGCUUGUAGAUUGCCGAACCGGAGAGCCCGAACGGAUGUCCUACCCGAGUAGACCGCCGCCGGCCAUCGUUCCGGCGGGGAUGCCCUACGGGAUGUCGCCCGCAAUGAUGCCUCCCACAAUCAUCCCGGCCGGAAUGCCUCCUUCGCUGAGUCAGCCACCGCCGGGAGGCCGUUCCGGUUUUCGAGGACCGCCGCCCACGAUUGGAUCCCGACCGCAGAUGUACAACAACUCCAACAAUCACCACCACCACGACAAACGCAGCCGGGAAGAUCGGGGAGGAGGAGGAGGAGGGGGAGGCGUUCAGGUUCCGAACGCGGCCCCCACCAUGGAUGGACCGGUCAUUACCGUAUUCAUCGGGAACAUCAGCGAUCGGGCGCCGGAUCCGAUGAUCAAGAAGAUCCUUGCCUCCUGCGGCACGGUCAUCAAUUGGAAGCGGGUGUCCACGUUUGGAUUCUGCGAGUAUGACGGUGCCGUGGCCGGAGCUCGUGCAGUUCGUUUGCUGCAUGAUCUGGAGAUAGAUGGUAAGAAGCUGGUAGCCAAGGUGGACGCCAAGAACAAAGCCCUGCUGGACAACUACAAGGAGGAAAGCAACGGUGCCGUCAGUGAGCAGUCCGAGAAACGAGGGGACGACGAUUCGAUCGAUUUGAUCACUCGGAUUCUAGAUGAGUUCAGGGACGAUCUGAUGGGCCCCGAACCGGCAGAUGACUACGGCGUUCCUAAGAAGGAGAAGAAACAGUUGCAGUCGGCGGACAUUGAAGAAGGCAAGCGGGACAUAAUCAGCAAAGAGAUUGGUAAGUUCCGCAAGUACACCGAGGAGGAAGAGAUUAAAAAAGAGAAGGAAAAGGAGCGCAAAAAGGCUCGCGAAGAGAAGAAGUCUGAUGGAGACAAGCGGAGAUCGGCCUCGCCCAAGAAGGAAAAGGAGAAAAAGUCCCGACGGAGGAGUCGGUCACGUUCGAGGGAUCGUGAGCGCGAACGGGAACGGGAGCGUGAGCGAGAAAGAGAACGCGAGCGGGAACGGGAACGCGAACGUGAAAACCGCGAGCGGAUAGAGCGCGAAAAUCGCGAACGAGAAGCUAGGGACCGCGAGCGGGAGCGAGAACGUGACCGGGAGCGGGAGCGCGAGAGAGAACUGAUGAGUCGCAACCCGCGGGACAUCCAGAAGGAGAAAGAAAUGGAAGAGGAAGCGAGAGAUCGGCGGAAGGCGGAGAAGAAAGCCAAGGAGAAGGAAGCCGCCUACCAGGAACGGUUGCGGAACUGGGAAGCCCGCGAAAGGCGGAAGGCCAAGGACUACGAGAAGGAUCGGGAGAAGGAACGCUGCAGGGAGGAAGAGCGGGAGAAGGAGGCGAAGAGGUUGAAGGAAUUCCUGGAGGAUUAUGACGACGAACGGGACGAUCCGAAGUACUACAAGGGCCGCGAGCUGCAACGGCGUUUGGCUGAACGCGUGCGGGAAGCCGAUCAGGACUCAAAGGAUCGCAACAAAGAGCAGGAGGAGUUGGACGAACUGAAGAACAAAAUCUUCUCCGGGGAGUACGACAAUCCGACGCUAGAGUUUGAAAAGGCCAAGAAACAACGCGAGGACCUGUACCGACCGAAGAUCCUAAUCGACGUCAACCUGGAGCAAUCGCAACAGCGGGAACGUGAGCUGGAGCGCGAACGGCAACGGGAACUCGAGCGACAGCGGGACAAAGAGCGAAUCCGUGCCAACAAGGAACGCUACGUUCUAGCUCAGGCAUCCCGCGAACUGGCCGCCAUCGAUGCGGAACCCAUCGAGUCCGAUUCCAGCGGCCACGAAGACAAUGCCGCGUUUGCAUCUCCCGAACCGGGCGCACUUAAUAACCAUCAUGUCCACCAUGGGCACCACCCGCAGCAUGCCGGAUCGGAGACGCGGGAUUCGUUCGGGUUCGGUUCCGCCGGACCGAUGGGAAUGGGCGGCGAAGACGAAAGCUCACGGCACUCGAUGCGGUCCAAUUCGAUGCACAGCCCCGAGGCGAACAGCAACAGCGGAAUGAACUCGCUGCUGGAGAAACACCAACCCAUUGCCCCCACGAUAUCCCUCAGCUUGAACGCAAACGCCAAGAAGAAGAAGCUGGAGGUGAAGGAUGUGUUCAACAGCUUGGAGGAAGACGGCGAGGAGUCCAACGGGCCGAAGAAGCGGAAGCUGGUUCCUUUGGACGACGAAGGCAAACUGCAGAACUCGGUUCCGCAGCCGGUGCCGGCGCCGACCGUUCAGCACACUUCCUCCAAGAGCUCUUCCAAGAGUAAGAACGUCGCUGCGGUGGCCGGUGAGGAAGGAGCCGCCGCCGGCGGUGGCAGCAGCCGGUCAGGUCGCGACGGUAUCAAAUCCCAGGAGGAGAAACGACGACACAUCAAGAGUAUUAUCGACAAGAUACCGACCGAGAAGGCGGACCUGUUCAACUAUCCCCUGGACUGGAACGAGAUCGAUAGCACCAUCGAGAAGAAGAUCCGACCGUGGAUCAACAAGAAGAUCAUCGAGUACAUCGGCGAACCAGAGCCGACGCUGGUGGACUUUAUCUGCUCGAAGGUGCUCGCCGGUAGCACACCGCAGGGCAUCCUGGAUGACGUUCAGAUGGUUCUCGACGAGGAAGCCGAAGUGUUCGUGGUCAAAAUGUGGCGCCUGCUGAUCUACGAAGUCGAGGCCAAGAAGGUCGGCCUCACGAAGUAAGGAACCGGGCCAAAAGCAUUCGGCGUUCCGCUUCUCCACCCCCAGGCAUCGAUGAACGAACGCGAGCUGAGAAACGGUUAACGUCCGCCGUGGCCGUGUGCUGCUUCCUUUGGACCCCAUCCAAAUCGUGAGAAUCACCCACUCUGACGAACGACGGCCAUUUCGCACAUCUUGAAACUCUGAUUGAUAUGUGAGUAGAAAUCAGCUAACUAAUCUUAAAGCAAAACUACAUUGAAGGAUGAAUCAAAUUAUACACACACAAAUGAGAAUAUUAAGAUAACGAGAUACUGGAAAGGAACUAGAUAUGGCUUGCCAAACCAAAAUGAGAGGCAAGUGAGCAUGUAGGAAGAAUAUCGAAAAAUAAACUAAAUCAUGCAACAGUUUCAAAUAAGAAGACGCUGGCUUCUUUCGGGCCUUUGUAUGAUUCGAAAGAAAGCAGCCGAAUUCCUCUUCUUGAUGCUGUGAACGAUUUCCUGAAUACUUUCAAACCAAUCAAAAAA